CUUCUCGCAAAAAUUCAAAAGAGUUUGCGCCCGUCUAUCCGCUCCAACUCCAAGCAAGCCGCCACUACCUCCCCGAACGGACCCAUGGCUUCCGCCAAGGAGACCUAUCGCGCCGAGCUCCGCGCCGCCGCCCGUCAGCUCGGCGAGCGCUGCCUCUACUCUGCCGCCAAAUGGGCCGCCGAGCUGCUCGUCGGCGUAGACAUGGACACGGCCCCGGCCCCGUCGGCCGCGAUGGACACCCCGUCCUCCUCGUCCGCGGCCUCCGCAGGGCGGCUGUUGCACCUGCACCGCAGCGGGGGUUCCAGCUUCCGCCACCGGCCCCGCCCCGGAUGCGGCAGCACCUCGGAGGCUGGGACCCCGCUAGGCGGCGUGUCGUACGUCAGCACGCCCAUUCCCGACGACGACGCGUUCGAUUCGGGCGGCGACAAGUACCUGCUCGCCAAGACCUACUUCGACUGUCGGGAGUACCGUCGCGCCGCCCACGUGCUGCAGAACCAGGCUGGGCGCAAGGCUGUGUUCCUGCGAUGCUACGCGCUCUACAUGGCUGGAGAGAAGCGGAAAGAGGCAGAGAUGAUAGAGCUUGAAGGAUUGUUGGGCAAGAGUAAUGCUGUUAAUCAGGAACUAGUUGCUUUGGAGAGAGAACUGUCAGCACACCGGAGAACUGGUUCUAUUGAUUCAUUUGGGCUCUACUUGUAUGGCCUUGUUCUUCGUGAUAAAGGAUGCGAAGGUCUAGCUAGGACAAUUUUGGUAGAAUCUGUCAACAGCUACCCGUGGAACUGGAGUGCUUGGUCAGAGUUACAAUCUUUAUGCACCAGCAGUGACAUUCUGAAUAACUUAAAUUUGAAGAAUCACUGGAUGAAAGAAUUCUUUCUUGCCAGUACAUAUCUGGAACUAAAGAUGCAUGAAGAAGCUCUGAAAAGAUAUGAGCGCUUGAUGGGGGUCUUCCGCUGCAGUGGCUACAUUCAGGCUCAAAUUGCAACGGUGCAGUAUAGUAUGAGGGACCUGGAUGAAGCGGAGAUGAUUUUUGAAGAACUGCUCGGGAUUGAUCCUUUCCGUGUGGAUUCUAUGGAUAUUUACUCAAAUUUACUAUAUGCAAAAGAAAGCUUGACUGCUUUGAGUUUCCUUGCACACAGAGUAUUUUUGACAGAUAAAUACCGCCCAGAAUCCUGCUGCAUAAUUGCAAAUUACUACAGUCUGAAGGGCCAGCAUGAGAAAUCAGUUUUGUACUUUAAAAGGGCACUAAAGCUCGAUCGAAAAUACCUCUCAGCUUGGACCCUUAUGGGACACGAGUAUGUUGAGCUGAAAAAUACUCCUGCUGCAAUUGAUGCCUACAGAAGAGCUGUUGAUAUUAAUCCUAGAGAUUUCCGUGCUUGGUAUGGUCUUGGUCAAACCUAUGAGAUGAUGGGGAUGCCAUUUUAUGCACUUUAUUACUUCCGGAAAUCAUCAUAUCUGCAACCCAAUGAUGCUCGUCUCUGGAUUGCCAUGGCUCAGUGUUAUGAAAGUGAUCCGCUUCAAAUGAUUGAAGAAGCCAUCAAGUGCUAUGAGAGGGCUGCAAAUUGCAAUGACACUGAAGGAAUAGCACUUCAUCAACUAGCAAAGUUACAUGGCAUGCUGGGGCAGUCUGAGGAAGCUGCAUUCUACUACAAGAAGGAUUUAGAGAGAAUGGAGGUUGAGGAAAGGCAAGGCCAGAAUUUUGUUGAAGCUUUGCUUUUCCUUGCUAAGCAUUACAAGAGCAUAGGCAGUUUCGAGGAAGCAGAACACUAUUGUACAAGGCUCUUGGACUACACUGGUCCUGAGAAGGAGACUGCUAAAAAUAUGUUACAAGGGAUAAAAAGAUUACAGUCGGGGUUUCCGUCAAUGGAUAUUGACCAUUUUGCACUGUAAACUCUAAAGUCUACCUGCAGAUGAUUUAUUUGGUUGGGAAAUCUGGACAAGGAGUGUAACUGGGCAGGACAAUACAUGCUGGCUUUCACAAAAACAGCUGCAAGAGAAUACUGCUCAUGAACUAGGGGAGUUGGUCGGUACUCACCCAACUCAGAGUGAAGGGAAGAACAGUAGUGAGGGCUGCCCACCUGAUGAAAUGCCAUUGCAUAUCUCGAUCAGGAAUUACUUCCAGUCUCCCUUCACAGCGUGAUGCUUAGUGUCUGUAUCCUUGCUAUGCGCCUCCAUACUGCUGGAGGUGACGAUCUUGUGCGCAUGAUGCUUGCUUCUAUUUGCUGGAGCCUGGCAACAAGGAGAACAAGGCGCCUGCAAGGUGCGAAGAUGAGCGUCAUCGGAAUGAUCCAGAUCCCUAAUGCAAAUAUCAGCAUAUCUGCCGCCUGGUUCCUGUGAGGCUUCUAAAUUUCUCUGGGUUUGGUUUUCUUCACCAGAUAGCGCUGGUUUGUGUUUCCUCCCAUGGUUGCUUGCAUAUAUAAGCUUCUUCAGAAGACUUGCCUUGCGUUGUCUGCAACAUGCAUGCUAAAUUAUUGCUUACCAAGUUAUCAUCACAGUAGUCACCGCUGGCAUUUUGUGAAAUUAAGAAUUGUUUUUUUUAAAUGUAGACUGUAGGACAACUAUGUGUAGUACUCAGCAUUGCUGCCUGGGUGCCCACAUGAUGUAACCAUUGGAAUAAAGUAAAUUCAUUUCGUGAUGAUGGAUGAUGCAAGUUGAUGUGUUAGGAUGUAA